UUUUUGCUUCCUUCCUUUUUUUCUUUCUGGCCUUUUCUUUCCUCCCUGUUAUUCUUUCUUUACCUUCCUUCAUUCCUCUUGCUGUCUUUUUAUUUCUCAAUGUUUCCCCCAAUUUGUUGUCUGUUCCUACUUCCCACCAUUCUCUUUCUUCCUUCCCUCCUCUUGGUGUUCUUUAAUUAUUUCCUUUCUUUCUCUCCUUUUCCUCCUGUUUUCUCGGUUCCUUUUUUCCUCUUUCCAUCUUUACCUCUCUGCCUCUCCAUAUCCUUCUUCUUGGCCGUUUCUUUCUGUGUUCACUUGUCAUUCUCCGUGCUGUCCACCAGGCGCCGCUGUGGUCUUUAGGAAGUUGAGCAGCAGGAGUGAGAGAUUUGUAGUUGGCUUUAAUGGCCCUUGAUUUAAGAAGAAGCAGCUGAUUAUGGCUCGUGACAGCGCUGCAGAUUAUAGAGUGCAGCUCUGAGUGAAGAAAUUUUGUUUUUAAGUGGAUCAGUGACUGAUGAAGAUGUUCAGGAAAGAGCAGUGUGUUGUGGGUGGGGUGUGUGUGUGUGUGUGUCGGAGGCCCUGAGCUAGUGUCUUGUGUGUGUUUAGACCUCACACUGGAUGAGUAUGUGUGUGAGUGUAAUGAUGUCAUUGAGAGGAGGAGGAGGAGCCGGAGGAGGUGGCGACAAUUCCAGGACACCGCCCAUGCUGCUUUGACAGCUCCAGUAAAGCUGUGUGUGUCUGUGUGUGUUGGUUGUUUCUGCACUUUGUGAGACUUUAUGCACAUCAGCUGAGUAUUUGGAGAAUCACCUGUGAGUGGAUCACACCUGGAAUCUCUCUGAACAGCGUCAGUACUGCAGCUGGAUUGUCGUAGUUAAAAUGGAGAGCUGGUGGUGGUUGGUGUGUUUGUGUCUCGUCGCUCUCACCGACAGAACGCAACAAAACUCGAUCAGCUGCGAUAGAGUGAGCAAACUCCUGCAGCUGCAGCAGAUCGACACAACAACUGGUGUGCUGAAGAAACCUGGGACAGGAUCGGAUCUUCAGGUGUGUCAGAGCCACAGUGUGACCUGCUGCACAAGUGAAGUGGAGGAGCAGUACCAGACAGCAGUGCAUCGGGACAUCCAGAAUCUUUUGCAGACCUUCAGCUUCAACCUGAAGCUUCUCAUCACACAGAAUAUUGCCAUCUUACAAGACACUGUGGACUCGGUGGUGCGUGAUGUGCAGAACCAAACCUUUUUCCUCUUGAAUGAAUUGUACGGUGAUCUCUCCAGGCGUGCUUCCUCUCCACUGGCUGAACUUUUUACUGAUGUUGGUCUUUUUGUGCUGGGGGCAGAGCUUAACCUAGAAGAAGCAGCACAUCGUUUUUUCCACACGCUUUUCCCAUUGGUGUAUGAGCAAUUUGUGGAGCCUGGCAUGGCACCUUUCGAUCCCGUCUACCAAGAGUGUGUGCAGAUAGUUGGACACCGUGCAGGAGCGUAUGGUGUUACCCCAACUCGCCUCGUGUUGCUGGUGUCGCAUGCCUCGCUUGCAGAGAGAACGUUUCUGCAGGCAAUGCACCUUGCCGUUGAGGUCAUCAACACCACGGACCACGCUCAGCCAAGCCGUGAUUGUCGCCAUGCCCUAAUGCGUAUGCGCUAUUGUCCGUUGUGUCAGGGCCUGGCAGACAGCAAGCCAUGCAUGGGCUACUGUCUGAACGUGCUGCGCGGCUGCCUGGCCGGUCUCGCCGAGGUCGAUGCCCACUGGCAGGAAUUUGUGCGCUCGCUGGAGGUGCUGGCGACACGCAUGCAUGAUGGGAACGAGCUCGAGCAUGUACUCUCCUCAAUCCCAACUCUCAUCACAGAAGCUGUAGCUUUGGCUAGCAGGAAUGCUGCCCGACUUUCCUCACAGGUUCGUGGUUUGUGUGGAGAACCUGUGCGCUCUGGUCAUGUCCAGCAGGGAGGUGCUAGCGAUACACUACAACUCCAAAUCCCUGAGAGAAACACAGAGGAGUCUCUGAGUCACAGGAGACGGGAAUUCAUCAGUUCUUUCCGGCACUAUCGGGCAUUUUACGGAGGUUUGGCUGAUCAGAUGUGUGUUAGAGAGCUAGCAUCAACUGACGGACCUACCUGCUGGAACGGAAGUGGCAUGGUCAAGAGUUAUACGAAGAGAGUUGUGGGCAGUGGAAUACGAGCCCAGGCACAAAACCCGGAAGUUUUGGUGAAGGAGGCUGAUCCAGUCAUCAACCAGGUGAUCGACAAGCUGAAGCAUAUCAACCAGCGCCUGCAGGGACGAUUUAUCCCUAAAUUGGGCACUCUGGACCAGAUCGAGAUGGGCAGUGGAGACACAGACUUGGUGUUUAGUGGACAAUGUGAUGAUGAAGAUGGCUGCUGGGGGUCUGGAGACAGACCUGCAGGAACCCCGAGCAUUAAAACACCUAAAUUAAAUGAACAGAAGCCUGAUGAUAUCACUCACCAUGGCUCACACACACAAGCUGCUGGACGCACCCUUCAGGCUUCUUCAGGCUGCAGGAACACACACGGUGCCGUGUCAGUUCUCAGUGCAGCAUACACACUGCUCAUGUUAUGGAGGUAACACCUGAACACACUCCCACUCCUGAACCUGGACGCAGUAAAGACUCUGUACCAAGACACCUUCUCAUCUCUCAUCUGUUAUCUUUUCUUUUUUUUUUUCUUCUUUACACUGCCGACACUGACACUGGUUCCAUAACACUUCUCUUUGUGUUAAGGGCCCUCUGGAGUCAAUGAGGGUGAAAAAAGCACCCUGAGAUGUUCCUGACAUUCCCUUACAGACAAGGGCAGAUUUAAACAGUGUAGGUGAUGAUUAAGGGGGCGGGGCUAUGCUCCUGGGGGAGGAUGAUUGACAGGCGCAGGGCGCGCGACUGACCCGCAGCUUCUGACAGCGGUUUAAUGGAGGAAAAGGAAAACAGAGGAGGAAAUACAGCAAGAAACAGACAGAGUAUUCCGGAAGACGGGUUUUAAACUGAUUUCAUCUGAUUGCUGAUUACAUUUAAUAUCUGAAUAUUCAUUACUAUUGAAAUUAAUAUUCAUGAGAAACAGAUUAGAGCUCAGGAGGAUUUAAAUGAAUGCAUUCACCUUAGUCUUUACAGACAGACAGACAGACAGACAAAGGAGAUGAUGGACGUUUAGACAGACAGAUGGGCAGACAGAUGAAUACAGAGCUUUCUGUAUAAGCCCCACCCACUCAGUGUAUUGUACAAGAUAAACAGGAAGGUGAAUAUAGAGCAACCUUUAUAAGCCCCGCCCACUCAAAAUGUAUUGUAGAAGGCACAGACAGACAUAUAGGUAGAUGGACAGGCAGACAGACAAAUACACAGUGAAGAGUGAAUAAAGUCUAACACAACCCUGUUGAAACUUUUUUUUAUUUGUUUAAAUAAAUAACACCAAAAUAAAUCUUGUCAGAUCUUUUUUUCACCUUUAAUGCAUUAUACAACCAACACAAUUCAAGUGAAAAACAAAUGUGUUAGGAGGAAAAAAAAUGACUUACAAUAACCUGGUUGCAUAAGUUUUCACACCCCUUAACUAACGCUUUUUGUCACGGCUCCAUUUGCUUGUGUAAUGCAGCACUCUGGCUGUUUGGGGAAAACUCUCCCAGCUUGGUUUGGAAAUAAUUUUAUUCCUCUCUUCCUUGCAAAAGUGCUCCGGAUCUAUCAGUAUAGUGAGGGGAUCUCCUGAGCAUAGUCCUCUUCAAGCCACUGCUCUGUCUGAGCCAUUCCCAAACAUUCAUCAUCAUCUUCUGAAGCCACGGCUUGGGUUUGCGUGUUGGCUUGUUGUGCUGGAGGGGGAAAUUUUUCUUCAUCUUCAGUUGUCUAAACAGGGACCUGCAGGUUUUAUGCCGAAAUAAAACACUAUUUGGAGUUAUCCAUCCAUAUUCCCUCUCGCACAGAGCCCCAGUCCUAGCUAAAGAGAAGCAGCUCUGUAGCACCAUGCUGCCAUCACUGUGCUUCACUGUGAGGACGAUGUUCUAUAGUGAUGGUGAGGACCAUGGUUUCAGCAUUAAUAUGAAACCUAGACAAUCAGACAGAAACAGCUGAUCUUUAUUUGCAGUUCAUUAUAAUCAUAUCACUGGUUACAGGAACGUGAUGAUACAACCAGAUUAUUGUAAGUAAGUUUUUUUCUUGUUUUUCCUCCUAAUUUUUUGUUGGUUGCUAUAGAAACACUAUAUGUUUAAUGAUGACAAAUGAUGGAUCUCUGCUUCUUCAACGUGUGUUGUGUAAUGAUGUCUGAAACACUGUGGGCUUUAUAAAGGUGUUAUUAUUGUUAUCAAAUAUUCAUCUAAACAUUUUAAACAAAGUUUUAAUACACUAUACUUUUUUUUUUCUUCAAUGAUUCUUCAAAAUGUUUUUAAAGCGGAACAGUGCAAUAUUAUCUAUUUCAUCAUAUGCUUUUUUUUUUUAUUCUCGGUACUAUGUACCUAAAAGUAUAUUAUAACGCUUAUUUUAUUUUGAUUUGAUUUUUUAAUAACCUGUAUGUCUACUAUUUUUUA